GCCCGGGGAGGCGGGGCCGGGCGUCCCUGGGGCUCCCGCCCGAUCGCAGGUUCCUCCCAGAGAACCGCGGGCUACACCCGCCACCUGGGAGGAAGGCGCCCGCAGUGUGGGUACCUCUAGCCACUGGCCUGUGGCGUGGAUCGAGCUCUGGGACAUGCGUCUUUCGGGGGUGGUUUACAACUUAGUCUGUAACGUUAUUCUCGUUUUGCUCUGUGCAUUUCCAAUGUAUUACAUAAUAAAGACGUGGUCGCUUUUAGGGGAAAUGUCUGAAAAACUGAGAAGAUGCAGAAAGGAGCUGACUGCGGCCAUUGACCGGGCCUUUGAAGGCGUCAGUCAUUCCCAGGAAUGCUCAGGCCGGCAGAGGCUGGAGCUGGACGCCGCCGCCGUGCCGCCCUCCCCCCUCCCUGUGCACCGGCUUCUCUGCAGGAGGCUCCCACUGGCAGCCUGCUCCUCCUCCGCAGCUCCUUUCAUCCCAGUCCCGUGUGCUCCUGAGAACGAGAGCCCUGCCUUUGCUCCAAACCAUGCCCCAAUGAAUGCAAAGCCACAUGCUUUAUGCCCGAAAAGAAAACCUCUGACCAGUAAGGAAAACGUAUUGACGCACUCCUCCAUUUUGGCACCCGAAAGACAGUUUUGGAGAGCCGUGGGAGAUGGGGAGAACUGGAGAAAAGACAGCCUAAGGAAAGAUAUGGAGAAAGAUUUGAAGGUUGACUCAAACAUGCCACUCAGCAAUUCUAGCCAAGAGGUCACAAAAGAUCUGCUUGAUAUGAUCGACCACACAAGCAUCCGAACUAUUGAAGAGUUGGCUGGGAAACUAGAAUUUGAAAAUGAGCUGAACCGUGUGUGCAGUCGUUGCGAAGACUCGCCCUUCAGGGAGGAAGCCUGGGCCUUGCUCGUGGACGAGAGCCCUCAGAAGGCCUCGGAUACUGACCCCGGCAGCCUCAAGCAGGCUUUUGAUGAUCACAAUAUUGUUGAGACUGUGCUAGACUUGGAAGAGGACUACAAUUUGAUGACCUCCUCUUUCAAAUACCAAAUUGAGUAAGGACAGUUGACUGGAGCUUUGGUUCUUUCUAGCAGGAGGCUGCCAUUCAGACAGUGAUCAGUGUCACUGGGGGCCACUGCCAAGUGGCUGGUAGGAUCUGAGUUACCACACCUUCUUUAACUUCCACUUGUGUCCCUUUUUGAGCUGAAAGCCCAAUUUUUUUAUUCUGUCGCUUUGAAAUGUUUCUUACUGUAGGUGUUUUUUUUUUUUUUUUUUUUUUUUCACUUUUCUUGGCAUCUCAAAUGUGUUUUUUGAUGUUUAAUACAACCCUUACCCAAGGUGGGUGCUGGCCAUGGGCCUCUGCUGUGUCUCCUGGUGUUCUUUUCCAUGGGUCCCUGAAGAAGUACUGGGACCACAGUCAGGGUGGGCUUUGUGUACCCUCUGGGACCAGCCCAUCCCAGGCCAGCACAGACUAUGGCCUCAAGCCCUCCUAUCCUUGCUCACUUUGCACACAGGGCUGCCUGUUGUCUGCAAGGAGGGCCAUACCCUCCUCAUUUCCAGACCAAUCUCCCCUCAGCACCCCUAACCCUGACCCUGCGUAGCUUGAAGGCCUCCCUGCCACCAUCCCUCACAUCAGACACCUGGGCCCCCAGCCAAGGGCAGUGGGAGGAAAAGGGAAACACAGGUCCUGCCUAUCUACCUUCAUGCCUGAGCCCUCAUGCAUCCCACUCUAGGCCUGGAGACCCGGGAAGCCAUAGGUAGUUCCAGUGGCAUUGACCCUGCUGGGGCAAGAUGGGCAGGAGUGAGGGAGGAAGCAGGCCACUUGCCUGCCUGAGGUCAGUUAGAGCAGCAAAAGCCUACCAGGGAUGCUCCAGCCGUAACUCUGGACAGAAAUGACAAGGACAUCCUCAGAAAUUAUUAUUUUUCUUAGAAAUUAUUUUGACAAAUGUCUCAAAACCAUGAUGUUCUUUGGUGGCUUUUUUUUUUUUUUUUAAGAUUUUAUUUGAGAGAAAGAAGGUGUGUGCAUGAGUUGGGGGGAGGGGCAAAGGGGAGGAGGGAGGAAAAGCCCCGCCCCUGAACAGGGCUUAAUCCCAGCACCCUGAGAUCAUGACCUCAGCUAAGGGCAGACACUUCACUGACUGAGCCACCCAGGUGCCCCUCAGACCCAUGAUGCUCUUUCAGGAAACAUAAGCUAUCAGGCAAGUUUUGAUGGCCUUGCAGAAACGGAGUCUUAGAGAAGUGCCUGCCUUCUGGGCUCACAUGGGGAGGACGGCGGGGGCAGUGAGGAGGCUAGCACAGGGGCUAUUUGUAAGACCCAAAGAACUGGGAAGGAAAGCCCAGUGGCCAAGGGGCCCCCUUGCCAGGUCGUUUUUCAGGCUAUAGACCUCAGCACAGGGCAGGCUGCAAAGCCAGUGACACAGGCCUGGUGAUUCCUGCAGGCUCUCAGGUGAAGACUGCACACCCACCCUUCAGCGGAUGUGGCCACUUACGAGGUAGGCCUCCCUGAGAUGGGCCUCCCCUGCCAAGGCAGCCGCCACCGUUGCCCUGCCUGAGGCAGAGGGCAGGGCCAGAUUAACCAGAGGCUCCUCCCUGGUCACCUGACAUUCAGUCCCUGUGGUCCCUGCACAGGGGUUGGGGGACACCCUCAGUAAGCACUUGCAGUCUGUGGAGUGGGGGAUCAUUUUCUUCUCCCUUAGCAGGAAGGACCAGAGCAAAUGAGAAGAAAUGCUCACAGCAUCCUGGGCUGCCCUGCUCAGACGAAGAAUGGCUGUGUGCAUGCUAGGGGUCUACUUGAUAUCCAGAAAAGCCAGGACUCGAAUAAUAAGUGUUGAUGUGGAUAGUCUCCCAUAGAGAUGGUAGAGCUUAAUCCAACCUCAAUCCCUUCAUCACCCCUUGAGGCCAGGCUAGACUCAGUAACUCACUUCCAAGGACCAGAGCAGCGAAAAGAAGAGUAGAUUUCUAUGGGGAAGCCUGAUAGCACCUAAGCAAAUGAAGGUGAACACCAUCAAUGAUAGAGAGCAAUGGGAAGGGUGCUCCUACCUCUGUUGUGUUCUUACCAGGACCCCAUCUCCCUGGUCUAAUCAUAAACUAAAUGUUAGACAAACCCAGACUGGGGGGCAUUCUGCAGGAUGCCUGGCCAGCACUCCAGACUGUCAAGGGCAUGAAGAACAAAGACUCAAAACCUGUCACAGACACAUUGACUAAGGAGACACACUGACUAAAUCUCACUGUGGUAGUCUGGAUUGUAUCCUGGAACAGAAGACAAUGGAAAAACUGGUGAAGUCUAAAUAAAGGCUAGAGUUCAUGUAUUUAUGUUUCUUAGCUUUGACAAAUAUGCCUCAGUUAUGUAAGAUUAGGGGAAGCUGAGUGAAGGGUAGAUACAAACUCAUCUCAACCCUUCCUAUAAAUCUAAAAGUUAUUCCAAAA